UCAUAUGGCGUCUUUUUGUUCAAGUCUCUCGUCUGAAUAAGGAUCAUCCCAGCUAUGCUUUUCGGCAUAUUCCUCGUAGUAGUCUUUGGGGCUGUGGCGCUCGUGCUGUUUCGUUCCUACGCAAGAUACAAGCUAAACUACUGGAACCGGCGAGGUGUCGAGCAAUUGCCAAACGCUGACCUAGUGUUUGGCCACAUCAAGGAUGGCGUGCUCUUCCGCACUGCCCCAGGAUGGCACAUGGGUGUACUCCACAACUCCACCAUCAAUAAGGAUGCACCUUUUGUUGGAUUUUACAUCUUCCACAAGCCAUGUCUGCUACUUCGUGAUCCCAACAUCAUUAAGGAUGUCAUGAUUCGAAGAUUCGAUAACUUCACAGAUCGCCAUUAUGCAGGUACCCAGCAGAUGGACAGUUUGGGUAUGACCAAUCUAUUCGGUCUCAAGAAUCCAACCUGGAAAUACCUGAGAUCUAAGAUCACUCCCACACUCAGUGGCAACAAACUAAGGCAAAUGCUGCCUCUGUUGAUGCAGACAGCCAAGACUAUGAUGAACUAUCUAAAGGAGCAAACCAAUAAGUCAAACGAACAGGCAGUGAUUGAUGCCCAGGAAUUAAGUUAUAAGUACACCACUGAUGCCACUGCCAAUAUCGCUCUUGGUAUCACAGUUGACUCGUUCCAUGAUCCUAAUGAGUACACCAAAUUCGGUAACGAUUGUUCUUCUAUUUCUUACACUUGUAAAGGCUUAGGGUUGAUUUUAAGUUUGAUAUUAAGAAACGGUGACAAUUUAGUAAAUCUAACAGGUACUUACAUUUCUGGCUUCGAAUCAAGCUCUAAUUCCGUCUCUUUUACACUUAUGGAGCUGGCAGAAAAUCCUGAGUAUCAAGACAAGGCACGUGAGGACAUAGAACGUGCAAUCAAGGAGCACGGCUUGACCUACAGUGGAUUUAACGACAUGAAAUACUUAGAUCAGUGUAUAUACGAAUCUGCUAGACUGCACCCGCCUGUACCAACUGUUGAUCGCCUAACCAAAGAAGACUACGAGAUUCCUGGUACCGGUGUUACUAUAAAAAAAGGAACUCCGAUUUUCGUCUCACUCUAUGGCAUGCAUUUGGAUCCACAAUUCUUUAAGCAACCGGAGAUUUACGAUCCAAGCAGAUUCGCUGGUGGCCAAACAGUAUCUGAUGCUUUCCUUCCAUUUGGAUUAGGUCCCAGAAUGUGCCCCGGUAAACAGCUAGGCAUGCUUCACGCUAAAGUAGUUUUGGCCAUGAUUUUACGAGAGUACAGUGUUACGCAGAACCCAGAAAGUGAAUUGGUCUUGGAUUCUAGAUUCAUGUUUACAGCUGCAGCAGAGUCAAUAAGUCUUCGAUUCAAUAAAAUAACUAAAUAGUGUAGUUCAUGUUAUAUAUGAUUAGUUGACAUUAGCUAAAAACGUAGCCGAAGUAGACGUUAUGGCGUUUUUUUACAGCAACAUUUUCCGGACAUGUGUAUGUACGAGUUCCAUUUCAGUAAUUUUGGAACUAAUUUUGACUUAUUGAUACUUCAAACAUUUCUGUUCUUCCGUAGUGCAUGGAUAGUAAAAUUUUAUUUUGUAUUGUCUGUUUGAAUAAAUAUAUUGUAUGGUGCUUGAUUCUUAAGGAACUAAUUGAGACCUAAGUGAGUAUACAAACGCUGUCGUUACAAGGAAACUCAUUAAUUUUUUUCUAAUUCGAGCUUGCCCAAAGUGUUAAAUAAAGUAAGGCUGAAGGAAGGAAUCAACAGUAAAGAAGUGGACUAGUUUUAUUCUUUAUCGAUAGCUAGAAUCUUCUGCAUCCACUGACUUAACUGUAUCCAUAUACUUAUCUCUAUUAUUAGGGUUUGAAAUAAAACAUGCUACGUAA